UCGUUUGUGUAUAUAGGAGACAAAUUAGUAAGGCCGAUCGUGUACGGAGGGAGGUCAAGAUGAUGACGGCGACGAUAACAAUGAGGUUUGCUGUCGUAGGCGCGGUGGCGUUGCUGCUCGUCGGCGGAUGCACCGCCGACAACUGCUUCUUCGUGGAGGGGGAGGUGUACUGCGACACGUGCCGCGCUGGGUUCGUGACGAACGUCACCACCCCGAUCCAGGGCGCCAAGGUGCGGCUCGAGUGCCGCCACUUCAUGACCGCCGCCGGCACCGUCGAGAGGUCCGCCGAGAACGUCACCGACGCCGCCGGCAACUACAAGAUCGAGCUCAAGGACAACCGCGGCAGCGAGGAGGUGUGCGCCGUGAGGCUCCUCAGCAGCCCCGUGCCUGGGUGCACGGAGAUCGACAAGGGCCGCGACAGCGCCCCCGUGACGCUUGUCGACGCCGGGCUCGCCACCAAGGUGCGACGGGCCAGCGCGCUCGGGUUCCUCAAGACGGAGCCGCUCCCCAACUGCGGAAAGAUCCUAAGCGACCUCGCGCUCGGCUCCGGACCUAGCUACUGAUCCAUGUGCAUGUGCUGCGCUAAUUUGAUUUGAUCUAACAUGGCUACUACAACAUAAUUAAUAAUCUUUAAUAAUUGUUGUCUGUGUUGAAAUAUUUACUUGGGUUGAUCAAUGUUUUUCUGUGUCUCGUGGAUCAUUGUACAGUUUCAUUAUUAGUUUUACGUCCGAUAUGUUGCACUGGACCUUUCCAUAAUUAUUAUGCCCCCUAUGAUAUUCCUCUGUA